AUGAACCCUUCCCAACUGCAGAAUCAUUUUCUGAAAAUAGGCGAGAAGAACUGCUGUGUGUUCCGUGAUGACUUCAUUGCCAAAGUGCUGCCGCCGGUUGUGGGGCUGGAGUUCGUGUUCGGGCUCCUGGGCAAUGGCCUUGCCCUGUGGAUUUUCUGCUUCCACCUCAAGUCCUGGAAAGCCAGCCGGGUUUUCCUGUUCAACUUGGCCGUGGCUGACUUUCUCCUGAUCAUCUGCCUGCCGUUCCUGGCGGACAACUACGUGCGGAGGUGGGACUGGAAGUUUGGGGAGAUCCCCUGCCGGCUCAUGCUGUUCAUGUUGGCCAUGAACCGCCAGGGCAGCAUCAUUUUCCUCACUGUGGUGGCCGUGGAUAGGUACUUCCGGGUGGUCCAUCCCCACCACGCCCUGAACAAGAUCUCCAAUCGGACAGCGGGCAUCAUCUCCUGCCUCUUGUGGGGCAUCACCAUCGGCCUGACGGUCCACCUCCUGUACAGAACGAGGUUGAUCGAGAAUCAGGGUUCAAAACUGUGCAGCAGCUUCAGCAUCUGCGAUGCCUUCCGCUGGCACGAUGCCAUGUUCCUCCUGGAGUUCUUCGUGCCCCUGGGCAUCAUCCUGUUCUGCUCAGUCAGGAUCGUCUGGAGCCUGCGGCAGCGGCAAAUGAACAGACAUGCCAAGAUCAAGCGGGCUAUCAACUUCAUCAUGGUGGUGGCCAUUGUCUUCAUCAUCUGCUUCCUGCCCAGCGUGGCCGUACGCAUACAUAUUUUCUGGCUCUUGCGCAAGGCUGGCACGGAAAACUGUGACAUCUAUCGUUCAGUGGACCUGGCGUUUUACAUCACCCUCAGCUUCACCUACAUGAACAGCAUGCUGGACCCUUUGGUGUACUACUUCUCCAGCCCAUCUUUCCCCAACUUCUUCUCCACCUUGAUCAACCGCUGCCUGCAGAGGAAGGGGCCGGAUGAGUUGGAUAACAACCGCAGCACCAGCGCCGAGCUCACGGGGGAUCUGAGCACUACCAAGAACGUUCCCGAGGCUUUGAUGUCCAAUCUCAGUGAGCCGCAGAGCCCCUCUUAUCUGAAUCCAGUCUCCAGUUAA